AUGGCGGUCUUCAAUGCCCUUCGGCAUUUUCAGACUGCAGUGUCGGGACGCGCGGUUCUGGUGCGACAAUACCACGGUCGUGGCUUAUGUCAACCGCCAAGGAGGCACCCGGUCGGCGCAGUUGUGCGCCCUGACUUGGGAGCUCCUUCACUGGUGCAUCCGCCAGGGCGUUGCUCUGUCGGCAGCCCACAUCCCGGGGGAAGAGAAUGUGACAGCCGAUGCCCUCUCCAGGGGCUGGAUUGCCCCGACAGAGUGGUCCUUGCUCCCUCAGGUGGCACAGACCCUCUUCCGGCUGAUCGAUCGACCCCACGUAGACUUGUUUGCCUCACGGGCAAACAAUCAGCUGCCAACGUAUUGCUCAAGGGUUCCAGACCCCAACGCAUGGCAGAUCGACGCCCUGUCGAUUCCGUGGGAGGGCCUCCUGGCUUACGCCUUUCCGCCAUUCUCACUCAUCCCCCGGGUGUUGACCAAGAUAGAGACCGCCCACUGCCGGGUGCUCCUCAUAGCCCCGUUCUGGCCGCGUCAGCCGUGGUUCCCUCGACUCGUGAGGCUCCUGGUCCACCGCCCGGUGGUCCUGCCUCAACGUCCGGAUCUCCUUUAUCAACCCAGUUCCGGGAUGAUUCAUCCGGCCCCGAGGGAACUCCACCUGACGUGCUGGGUGUUAUCACCCAGUCGCUCCGCACAGCAGGCCUUUCACGCCGGGCUGCAGAGCUUGCCGCCCAGUCGAGGCGUGCCUCCACUCGUAAGGUCUACGAUUGCCGACUACGCCAUUUCUUUAAAUGGUGUAGACGGCGAUCUAUACGUCCCCCCAGUGCUUCUCUGAGGGACGUAGGGGAUUUUCUUCUCUACCUGUACGAGAGUGGGCUAGCCACCGCCACGGUCAAAAAUUACCGGUCGGCCAUCGCAGCCAUUCAUGAAAGUUUUCCCGAUGGCUCCUCGAUUUCUUCCAAUCAAGCGAUCUCUCAGCUGGCGCGGGGCAUGUUUGUAUCCCGGCCUCCGGUACGCAAACUUGUCCCGUCUUGGGACCUCCAGAGUGUCCUCUCCACUCUAGCAGGUCCCCCAUUCGAACCCCUCAGCAACGCUCCUUUGCUGCAGUUGUCGAUAAAGGUUUCCUUUCUGCUGGCGGCUGCUACGUCGCGCAGACGUAGCGAGCUCCACGCCCUGACUUUGGCACCGGGUCACAUUCGUUGGGAACCCGGUGGUGUCCGGCUGGUUCCUUCCGCAGGUUUUCUGACAAAGAAUCAGUCUGAUUCUUUUCAGCCUCCGGACAUUUUCGUUCCAGACUUAAAAUCCUUCUCUGCGGUUGCGGCUGAAAGGCUUUUGUGCCCUGUCCGCGCGCUUAAAUGGUACAUAAGCCGCACCAAGCCUAUCCGCUCUGGCCAUCACCAACUAUUCUUGGCCUCGACAACCCCUCAUCAACCGGUAACGUGCGAUACCAUAGCCCGCUGGAUCGUUACCGCCAUCCGCUCCGUUCCGGGCGGGUGGCCGGCGGCCGAGGGCAAUAUCCACGCCAACGACGUACGCGGGGUGUCGUCCUCUUGGGCAUUUUUUAAAGAAUCAAUGACAACAUGGAUAAUGGGCGAUUCGAUUGUAGCCAAUGCGGGAAAGAAUGGAGACCAACUACCUGGGGGAUGUCGCACUAUCGGGUCCAGUCUGUCAGGGGCAAGGUGUGCUGACCUGAACAGUCAGUUACGGAGGCUGAUUGCACAGAAACCAGGCUCCGACGACACUUGUUCUCCACAUAGGGACCAAUGA